AAGAGGCCCCGCCCCCCGGCCGGCUGAGCCAAUCACCUUGAGGACAGGUGGUCAGCACUGGGCGAUCCGGCGGAAUCAUGGGCCUUAAACCGACAGCCUUGGACCCACUUCGCGACCCAGUGGACCCCCAGCCCUGUACUUGGGACUGUGCCUACACAGCUACACCUGCCACAGAAUGAAGAAGGAUGGAGGAGAGCAGUGUGGGGGGAAAAUAUGAAGAUGAUUGAACAGCACAAUCGGGAAUACAAUCAAAAGGAACACAGCUUCACGAUGGCAAUGAAUGGCUUUGGUGACAUGACUAAUGAAGAAUUCAGGCAGGUGAUGAAUGGUCUUCAAAUCCAGAAGCACAAGAAGGGGAAAGUGUUCCAACCACCUCUCUUUGCUGAGAUCCCCUCAUCGGUGAACUGGAGAAAGAAAGGCUACGUAACUCCCAUGAAGAAUCAGGGUCAGUGUGCUUCUGGCUGGGCUUUUAGUGCAACUGGUGCCAUCGAAGGACAGAUGUUUGGGAAAACUCACAAACUUGUUUCACUGAGUGAGCAGAACCUGCUGGACUGUGCUUGGUCUGAAGGCAAUGGGGGCUGCAGUGGGGGCAACAUGGAUAAUGCCUUCCAGUAUGUUAAGGACAAUGGCGGCCUGGACUCAGAGGAAUCCUAUCCAUACCAUGCACAGCUCCAAUCUUGCAAAUACAAUCCAGAAAAUUCUGCUGCCGACAUAACUGGGUUCUUGACAAUCCCUAAGACGGAGUACAAACUUAUGAGGUCAGUGGCAAUUGUGGGUCCCGUCUCUGCUGCUAUAGAUGCAAGCCUGGAUACCUUCCGGUUCUAUGACCAAGUCAUUUAUUAUGAUUCAAACUGCAGCCAUGAAAUCCUACACCACGGCAUUCUGAUAGUUGGCUAUGGCUUUGAGGGAGCAGAGUUGGAUAACAAAAAGUAUUGGAUUGUCAAGAACAGCUGGGGAGAAGCCUGGGGUAUAGAUGGCUAUAUACUGAUGGCCAAAGACCGGGACAACCACUGUGGUAUCGCCUCCUUGGCCAGCUUUCCUACCGUGUGAGAUGAUGCAAUAAAGAAGGCCUUGACGGGGGACAGCGUAUGCAGAAGAGGAUUUUAUCUUAACACUGACCAGAACUUCCUGUGUGGGAUAAAACACUUGAAGGGCUGAAGAUCCAAGUUAUGAAUUGAUCCUGUGACACUUUAUACUGGGAAUGUUCCCGACUCUCUCAUUAUUGUUGUAAACAGCCUUGUAGGAAUUUGUCUAAUGGCAUGUAACAUUUCAUGUUUUAAAAUGAAGUGUGUAGUUUUACUCUUUAAAAUAAAAACAUUUCAAGGUCUUCAA